AUGUGUGACAUCGAAUUAAUAGACGUUGCUUCCCGUGACUGCCUUAGAAAGCAGAGAAAGGAAAUCACAGACUACAACAAAACUUUUAAAGUUGACUACAACGAAGAAGAGAUUGUCCACGAGGCAAGACGCUGUUUGUACUGUGCUGAUGCCAACUGCCAAAACUGUUGCCCAACCAACUUAGAUGCCAAAAGAAUGGUCCACGCUGCUGGUGAAAAGAACUUUUAUGAGGCUGCUACCGUCGCUUUGACUGCUAACCCACUAGCACUUUCAUGUGGUCACUUGUGCUCUGCUGAAGAACUUUGCCAAUGUGGGUG